UUUGUCUAUAGACUUCUGUUACUAUAUUUUUUUCAUGGAGCUUCUAACUAUUAUUUUUGUACCAAUUUCUUAGUGACUUGAGAUCAAAGUCCUAGUCACGAAAGAGUAACUUAUUAAUUAGUUCUAGCUUUACUAAAUUUAGUUUCUGUUGUGUAUUAAUGCAGGAGCAAUUAGGAAAAGUUGUGUAAAAAAUAUGCAGAGUUAUGAUCUUGAAGUUGUGGAAUAUCCAUAUAAGAGUACAUGGAAAGUUCAUGGUUUGGCAUGCUCAGAAGUUAAGAAAAUUAUCGACAAAAUCACAAACAUAUUUACAGCACUUGAGUCUGCCCGCCCACGUUGCAAAUCAGGAUUACAAGCAUUGUGCUCAUUACACAAAUGCAUGGAAAAUUGCAACUUACUUCUUCGUCAUUGUUCUGAGUCCAGCAAACUUUAUUUGGCAAUCAGUGGAGAAAAAAUUAUUUUGAGGUGUGAAAGAAUUCGUAAUUCUUUAGAAUCAUGUUUGAGCCAACUUCAAAACAUGGUUGAACCAACAUUGGCUGCUCAGAUAUCCAAUAUCGUAGGUUAUAUAGAUACCAUAACCUUUUCCUUGGAUUCCUCAGAAGAAGCAGCAGGUAGAGUUUUACUGGCUUUACUCCAUCAAGACAUAGCAGCAUCAAAAGAUGUUAAUCAAGGGGAACUAAAGGCUUUCAAGUAUGCAGCUGUUAGACUACAUAUAACAUCCCAGUUAGCUCUCUUGAUAGAAAGCCGUUCCAUAAGAAAGCUAUUAAGCAAGGUUUGUGAUACCGACCCUGCAAAAAGGAAAAUCUUAAGCUAUUUGUUGUAUCUAGUGAGAAAAUAUGGAAAUUCAGUCAAAACACAAGAAAUAGAAGGCAUUGAAGGCGGCGACGAUAUUUUUGAUUCACUCAAACUACCUAUGAAAUUCAAAAACCGUCACAUUAAAACACUUUCAUCUGCUAGCUCGGUACCCAGCUUUAACACUUCUCUUGGGGAUCUUAAUCUUAAUGUAGACGAUAUUUCAUUUAUAUCUUCUGAUGCUGGCACUGAAGAUGGUUUUGGCGAGAAUCAAGAAAAUUCUAAGGGAUUUAAGUGUUGUCCCAUUACUGACAAUGGGCCAAACUUGUUUAUACUUGGAAAUCUUUCUGCGCUUCCAUGGACAUCCAGGCGUAAAGCAGUGGAAGAUGUGAAAAGCCAGUUGCAGGAUGAGCAACAAUCUCAUAAUUACAUAUCUACCAGUUACGUUAAACCCAUUUUCAAGUUUUUGAAAGAAGCUCAUCGAUUAGGCGAGUCAGGAGCAAAAAGACAUGGAGCUGAGUUGCUCUUAAUGUUCUUGAAAGAAUGCAGAACUGGUGUGCCACCUUUACCAAAAGAUGCCAUUUUCGACUUAUAUUCAUUUCUGGAUUCUGAAAUUGCGGAAGAAGUGUUACUAAUAUUGGAAGUGCUCUCCUCCCAGCAACAUUACACUUCUGAAAUAGUGAAAUCUGGCAUUCUGUUGUUUGUCUUAGAACUCAUCAGAAACCCGAAGAGCAUACACCACAAUGUGGCCAUGAGGGUACUUUGUAAUAUGUCGGCUCACACUGAUCUAGGACACCACCUGAUAUACCUAGGGUUUAUUGAAGAUCUCAUGCCCUUUUUGGACGACCUCUUGCUGACGGGCUACUGUGUCAAAAUCUUUAAAAAUUUGUGCUCCAUUGAAGAAGCCGCGGCUCAUUUUGUUGAAGAUGAAAAUUGUAUUGUGUCCAUUGGAGAGCUUCUAGAAGUCGGUAAGGAUGAAGAACAGGAGCAUGCCCUUGAUAUCCUACUCAUGUUAUAUUACCAACGUGAUGAGGUGCGUGAAAUUUUGAUGCAGGAUAGCAUCAUUUCAUCUUUGGUUAACUUAUCAGGAAAUGGGAGUAGUAAGGGCAAGUUGAUUUCGGUUGAGUUACUCCAGCUAUUAAAUAAUGUCCCUGAUGACCAUUCUCAAGUAUGUAGCUUCUCAAAUACCCCACAAAGCACAAAUGGUGGCUCUAAAACGAAUAACUCAUGUUCUAAAUCACCGGGAUUGUUUUUUAGGAUAAAAGCGAAAUUUAGAAAAUCAGUAAGGUAGCUUUUUCUCUUGGUGAAGAUUAGACUCUAGUAAUUGUAGGAUUGUGCAUUUUUAUAAUCUUUCUAUUCUUCUGGCCCUUAGUGGACCUUGUGUUGGUGGUAGCCUCAUACCCUGUUCUUUCUUUUUGUGGCAAUGUCUGAUUUAUAGGCUUUUUUGGGUCUCCUUCCUCUGUAAUGUAUUUUUUAGUUUGAGAAUGACACAAAUUCAUAGUAAUGUAUCGUUUUA